AUGGAGGGGCGGGUGCUUCGUUCCGGGGUGCGGUCGUCGUCCACUCCUAGGAAGCGGUCGGAUACCCCUUCCCCUUCACCGGUGACAUCACGGCCGGUCGGACCAACGGAGGCGGCUUCGUGUGAGGCCGAAAAUUCCGAGGAGGAGGACGAUGCGGAAUUUUCCGAUGCCUCUCUUCUGGAGCAGACGGUGGUGGCGCCAAUGGCAGCAGCAGGGGAGACAUCUACAUCCGUGGCUCCCCACGACGAUGGCGAAGCGUCGGUGAUGGCUUUCCAGCACAAAAUGCUGGAAAACUUUGCCAAGCAAAUCGAGAUGCUGACCGAAGAGCUGCGACUCAGCCGGGAACGCGAGGUUACUGUGAAGUGCACGUUGGAAGCACUUCAGGAGGGCAUGCGUUCUCUGACGGCGCUACAUUCCUCGGCACAGUCUGGUGGCCAGGGCAGUGCCAGGACCAAACGCAGUCGGCAGCAGCGCAACCGUGCGGAGAAGGCUUCGCAGCAGCAGCAGCAGCAGCAGCAGCAGCAGCAACAACAGCAGCAGCGGCAGCAGCAACAACAACAGCGGCAGCAGCAGCAGCAUAGCCAGCCACAGCCGCAGCGACGGACGGUCGCAGUGUCGGCUAAAGGCCAGCAGCAGCAACAGCAGCAGCAACCGCAACGUCAGCAGCAGCGGCAACAACAGCAGCCGAUGCAGCAGCAGCAGCAGCAGCGACGACAACAGCAGCAGCACCAGCAGCAGCAGCACUAGCAGCAGCAGCACCUGCAG